CGUCUCAUUCAGUCUUCCCUCGCUUCAGAAAGGAGAUGAGCGGAAAAUGAAGAAUCCAUGGCAGGUCAGGGCAUUCUCCAAAACCCUAACCCUAGCUCGCUCUCGUUCUUCCCAUCGCCGGUUCUCCUCCGAAUCUUCCACCUUCGCAUUAAAGACAGUAACGAGAUCGAACUUCGAUUCGUCGCUUGACGAUCUCCGCCGCCAUGUCCGAGCCGCAGAUUUCGUGUCCGUGGAUAUCGAGAUGACUGGCAUCACGAGCGCCCCAUGGCGCGAGUCUUUGGAAUUCGACCGCUCCGACGUGCGGUAUCUGAAAGUGAAGGACUCCGCAGAGAAGUUCGCGGCGGUCCAGUUUGGCGUGUGCCCGUUCCGUUGGGACGGACUGAAGGAAUCGUUCAUCGCACAUCCGCACAAUUUUUAUAUAUUUCCUCGUAAAGAACUUACAGUUGAUGGGCCAUCAUAUGAAUUCCUUUGCCAGACCACCUCAGUCGACUUCUUGGCUAAAUAUCAAUUCGAUUUCAAUGCAUGCAUACAUGAAGGAAUAUCUUAUUUAUCCAGAGAACAAGAAGCUGAAGCACUGCGCAUCCUUGGUUUGGCAUAUGAUGACAAAUUAGCUAAUUCUCAAGGUCAUUUGAAAGAUGCGAGAGAAAUACCGCUAGAGAGUACUUUUGACGUUCUUUUUACUGAGCGGAUGAAGAAUAGAUUCCGCAAAUGGCGUGAUUGGUUAUUACGAACAACAACCGAAGAAUCUCAGUUUGAGGCAAAUUCCAAUGGCUCCAUUCCCCACUUCCGGACUGUGUUCUUCAAGAUGUGCCCUGCACUGAUGCUGAAUGGUUUCACUUCUCAUCAACUUAGAUUGAUUCAGCUGGUCAUAAGGAAGCAUUUCAAAGAUCUGACAUAUGUUUGCGGGGUGGGUGAAAAUUCUUCUGAGCAGAAGUUAGUAGUGUACACAGAUACAGAGGACAAUAGGGCCCUGCUUAUGAAAGAGGUCAAUGAGGACUUGCGCAAGGAAGUAGAGCGCAAGGUCACAGCUGCAGUUGGUUUUCGCCAUGUUAUCGAUCUUCUUGCCUCAGAACAAAAAUUGGUUGUGGGUCACAACUGCUUCUUAGAUCUUGCACAUAUAUACAGUAAAUUUUUUGGCCCUCUUCCUUCAACAGUAGAAGAAUUUGCUUCUUCCAUUCACAAAAGUUUUCCUUAUGUCAUUGACACGAAGCGCCUCCUGAAGGGCAGCUCCAUUAUUCAGCACCUGAUGAAGAAAAACAGAACAUCAUUGUCUUCGGCUUUUGCUGUCUUGUGCCCGCAAAUCGCUAAUACUUCAAACACUUCUGGUUUGGCUUCUCGUCCAUGUGUGAAAGUUGAGGUUCAAGUGGAUGACUUGAGGUCAUCUAGCUGGAACUCAGGAGCAAAGCAUGAAGCUGGGUAUGAUGCUUUUAUGACCGGAUGCAUCUUUGCUCAGGCUUGCAACCAUAUAGGCAUUGAUUUCAAGCUCCAUUCGCCAUCCACAGAGUUAGCUAAAAGCGAGAAACUGCAGAUGCACAUCAAUCUUUUAUACCUCAGCUGGAACAGCGGAACUCUCAUCAAUUUGAAAACCGGAACUGAGAUUCCUGAGUCGGGUUCUCAAAAUUACAAACGGAGAUACCCGAAAAUUGUGUUCGACAACACCGUCCUUAUCUGGGGAUUCCCGUCCAAGUUCAAGCCUAGAGAAUUAAGAGAAUGCAUCUGUGAAGUGUUCGGCCCGGACUCUGUCACAUCGAUCUACUACUUGGACGAAACGGCUGCAUUCAUUCAGUUCAGCAAGGAGGAAUUUGCCUCUGAUUUUCUUGUUCUGAAGGAUACACUGGAGAUGCGAAAUGACCCAAUAUCAGUUUUGCACCCGCUCGCAAAGUUAUUGGAAGGUGGUAGCACCCAUGUUGGAAACUAUGAUAUUUAUAAACAGAUUUGCAGCUCUCCAAUCGCAAGGGUCUUGUUUGCGGACCAGGCUGAAGCAGUAGGGAUUAGGUGGAAGACAGAAGUGGAAGGAGAGACAGAGAAGCCAGAAAUGGCAUGUCUCAGUGAACGCGUAUCGGGAAACCCCAAUUCCAAUUUUAGUAGCAAAAGCGUAACGGGCAAGAAAGGCGAGGUGGUAAAGGAUCUGGACUGCAAAUUUUCAUGCGAACAUGUCUUGGAUUCUUUGUAUGUUAUCCAGUCUCCACAUGGUAAACAAACGAGGACUGUGUGAGAAAUCUGUACGUUACAGCCAGAGCUGCACAAAGUGGUCAAUCUUUCCUUCUCCAGUCUAUGUUUUAACUUGAUCAUUGGUCAUGCUGCUCUGUAGCAAUCUCCAUACUGGAGCAUGCAUCAGGCAGCACUUGAAACGAUACAUGCCAGCAUGUUUGAUGUGCCAUCUGUAACAACAUUAAUUUUUUGAACUAUAUAGUGUUGUUUAGCUACAUGUGAAUGUUAACUCGAGCAGG